GAAGAAGAAACUAGACCGGAAACAAACUCUUACAACACUUGAAGCUUUUAGCGCCAACCAGAACCUGACUUUUACAGACCGAGACRAGAAAUGGAGUUCUACAGAGCGAAACCAGAACCGGAGUUCUACAAACGGGGACCAUAAGGACCACAGACUGCCAGUCCCGCAUCCUGGAGAUGGACUCCCUGCAGCUGUUCCUGGACCGGUUUGGACCCAGCUGUGAGGCGGAGUCUGUGUGGCUGAAGAACAUCUUCACCUUCAUCACUCAACACCUGAGUCCUGGUACAUGUGGCUCCGCCCCCUCUUCUGAUGGCCAGUCGUCUGCAGGUGCAGCCUGUGAGCUCAGUGUGUAUCAGCUGAGUGUGGAUGUURUGCAGAAGAUCUUGGCGAAGACGUGCGUCUCUCACAGCUUACCAGUUAGCUACAGACUGGUGUCCAUCUCUGAACUCGUCUCCCAGCAGCACCUGGCCUGCGUCAGCAACCUGUCCUGGAACACCAGUCAGCAGCGAGCGUGGGCCAAGGAGGCGGAGCUUUCUCUGCCUGGUCAGCAGGUGUUGCCUCGAGUCAACUUGCUGCUGAUUGGCUGGCUGAGAGAGGGACAGGGCAGAGAGUGGAGGCUGACGGACAGCAGCGGCAGCAUCAGGUGUGAGCUCACAUCUCCCUCUCCUCUGUGGCUCAACCGUCCCAUCUUUCUGCCUCACUGGAACUACAUCCCCCAUGAUGCCUUGGGGCAGGAUGAAGAGAGAGGACACGUGGAGCUGAUUGGUUCUCCUGUUCUGCUGUGUCACGAGGCUGAGCACAGACUGGCUGCAAGUGUAGGCGAAGGGGCGGGGCUUGCCGCAGUGUUGAGCGUCGGUCAGGCUGCAGGCUUUCUGCGGAACAGGGUCAAAGGUCAGCGUGUGUCGGUGUACGGUCAGGUGGGGUCAGUGUGCCCUCUGCUGGUGGUGGCAGGAACAACCUUCUUCUUCUUCACUCUGAGAGAUGACAAACACACACUUCCUGUCCUCGUAAAGGACAGCAAGCUGUGGUGGUCUCAGUGUGUUUGUGUUGGACAGAGUGUGUGUGUGACAGCUCUGCGUGUGUGCGUGCUACGGGCUUGGAGAGGAAACAACAUCCUGUGUGUAACUGACUGCUCCAACAUACACACUGAAUACACACCCACACAGCAACAAACACACACUGAAUUUACACAACCCAUCACACACACUCCUGCUGACAGAGCACAAGGUGAUGCCCCCUUGUUGAUGGACAAUGAGGAGGUGGAGCCUGAGAAGGAUGCUGUCCAAUCAGCAGUGAGGAUGAAGCACUCCAGGGUCAUCAGUUACCAGGGCACAGUAACAGAGGUGGUCAGCGAUGGGGCAGGGCUAUAUGUGCUUGACAGAAAAGUGGGCCUGUGUGUGGCCUAUCUGCCGUCAGCGAGGAGGAAGCUGAGAGUGGGUGACCAAGUGGAGCUGCACCACGUCCACUUCCUGUACCAUCCCUGUCCUGACUUCUCUCCCAGCAUGCUUUGCUGCUGCCUGUGCUCCAGCCUAAGGGUCACCACCUUCAGCAGGGUGGGUGGGUGUCGUCCCUCCCGUUGCUGCCCAGGAGACGGAGUGUUACCGCAGUUAUUGCUGCAGAACAACGUGGGGCUAGACCAGUAUCUGUGGAUGGUUCACCUGUCCUCCCAGCUGUCCAACAGUCUGGUCCCUGGUCUCUUGAAGCAGCAGUGUGUCUGUCUCCUGUCCUGGAAGCUGAUGGAGACUUUGUGGCGACAAAGACAACGAGGACACAGAGACAUCUACUCAGAGAUGUUGGAUGACCCUCACAACUGUCCUCUGACUCAGUACCAUGUGGACCAUUCUGUCCCUCAGUACCUCAGCGUCUCAGACCUCCUCCAGUCUCUUCAGUCCACCUCCUGGUCUUCAGUGUCUCUCAGGUCUCUGCUGCCUCCAGAGGAAUUAGGUCUGACCAGGACUGAGAUCAACUCGGCCCUGUCCUGGUCCUGCAGGACACUGUCCUCUUACCCUCUGACAGGAGACAGUCUCAGAUGUGUGAUGAUUCCCGCCCACACUGAGGCACUCCACUCAAAGCAAACCCACGGGGACAGCUCGACUGUUACCGAGCCGGACCUUACAAUGCAAAAAUGCCAUAACGUCCUCCUCCUCGUGUUUCUUGUUAGGCCCCGCCCCUUGCUGUUGGUAGGCGUGCUCCAGCUUCCCUCUCAGACGUCUGAAUUCAGACAAACUCUUCAGCUCAGAGAUGCUACAGGAGCUGUAGGCUGUGUUGUCACACAAACCAGCAUGGACGAUGGAAGCCAGAGGUCGCUCUUCAACACUGCUUUUAUAGGGUGUCUGGUGUGUGUCAGUCAGUUUACCAUGGUAACAGAGAGAUUCCUUCAGUCAGAUUUCCCCUCUUACCAACAUCUGGAUCAAAAUGGGUUCAUCACAUCCAGACACUGCAGAGUUUAUCUGCAGUUUUCGCUAGACCACAUCCACAUCCUGAGCCCGUCUGCCGCCAUGGCAACACACCUAAGGCAGAGGGAGGAGGAUCCAGAAGGUAAUGUUACAGUGAAAAAGCAGACAGAGGAAGAAGAAGGAGCAGUGAGGAAGAGAGGAAGAGAAGAUGGGAAUUCUUCGUCCUCCUCUGUUACCAUGACAACGGGCCCUUUGGGUGGAGACUCGCAACCUUGCGUCUCCAUAGUGAUCCAGGUGGAGCAGAAAGAGGGUGUGGCCUGGAGGAACACAKGGGAGGGGAUAACAGAUGAGAAGGCUGGACUUCAGCUGUGUUUCUCAGUUAGAGCUGCUGUGAUUGGUCAGGUGGUCUGCUGGGRGCGGGACCCAAAGUACAAACCAAUGAUGGACUUGGAGGCGGAGCCAAAGAGAAGGGAGAAGGUGCUGCUGGCGUUCUCAGGUGUAUCUGCUCGGUGGUUUCCUGUGCUCCAACCUGGAUGUUUCUACAGACUUGUUGCUGCCAAUACUCAGGAUCCUCACGUUCUGACUGGCUGUGGCAUCCCUGUGCGGAGUGAGGUGGAGCUUCACACUAACUCCACUCUUCUUGUCAGAUCUGAUUGGAGGUUCCACACUCUGACACUCCCCCAGCUGCUGCCCACCUGCAGACAGGUUGUCUCCCCUGCUGGCCUGUCUGUCUCACAGGUGUUGGACUCCAGCUCUGAGCUGGUGAGUUUUCAGGGUCUGAUCUCUGAGAGGAUCAGUGUGAGCAACAGGAUCACAGAGCCUCGACAUGCCCACACAGGUGUGCGUCUCACGUUGUGCGACCAAACUGGGCGGAGUCUUCGAGUGUACCUGGACCUAAGCCACACCCCUUACCCACCUGGUUUGAUUCCUGGCAAUACUGUGCUGCUGUCGGGUUUCCAGAGGAAGUUGUCCAGGUCUGGAGGUGUGUACUGCUCCUACUCACCUGUCAGCUCCAUAACUGUGAUGUCACUGGGAGACACCAGUGUAUUUAACCUGCUGUUGUUUGUUWAUAUGUACAGAUGUGYCCYGCCCUCUCCUGCUCCCAGAAUGCACCUGGGGCARUGGGCUAUGAGUGAUAAGCAUGGGUGCAUUAUGGGUAAGGUCGAAGGUCACGUGGUCUGUUUCCUGUUUCUGCAGCUGCAGUGGAUCUGUUCACAGUGUGGGAGUAUUUACUCACAGGGCUGCAGCUCUCACUGUGGGUCGACCUUGUCUGUGUUUCAGUCCAAAGCAAAGCUGGUGAUUGAUGACGGGACAGGUGAGGCUCACGUCUGCUUCUCAGGUGGAUUUGUCCAAACUCUGCUGGGAUUGGCUAAUUCUCAGUGGGAGGGGCUUCAGAGAGCACUCAGGGUUAGAGGUCACAUCAAAGUCUUUCCCCAGGGCCAGGGCCAGGUGUGUGACAGUGACUCCGAGGACGUCCUCCUCCACUUCCUGUUGUGUGUCUGCAGCAGUGAGGUUGUUUGUCGUCCGGUCUCUUUUACCUGCAGGAAACUGACCAAUCAGAGAUCAGAAGAGGUGAGGCGUUUCUGUCGAGGAGACAGAGACUUCCUGACCAGAAUGACCUGUCCUCUGCAGCUCACCUGUGUCCACCUGGACACUGACCCGCCCUCUGCACCUGGACUCUGAUUUAAGUCAGCACAGUUGCUUGGAUCAGGUCAGUCAGGUGUGGUCCACGUGGUUGUGUCGGUCCAGUCAUGAUGCUUCUCUACACUUCCUGUCAGAGCCCCUUUCAGAAUAAAAGUUCUUCAGCUGCAGUCCGUGUGUUCGGCCAGCGGGGGGCGCCCUGACUCUGAGCUCUGAACCUGKUUGACUCAAGAAAUCGGUUUUAAAACUAUAAAAUCUAAAUCCUG